ACACAUAUAAAUACAGACUCUUCACAAACAAAACGUAAUGAGUUGAGAGACAAAGCCGGCUUCAACACCCCUGUUUCAGUGCCAGUUAUCUCUCACCAAAGCAAGCAUCAAGACCCCUCUCUCUAUCUUCGUCUUCCUUCCCAACUUGGAUUCAUUGUCGUUGUCUUUUGGGGUGAUGCCUCUCCAUUUUGAUGCAUAUUCUUCAAUGGGUUUUUAGUAUACACCUCAGGUAUUCAAGGACAAGUUUUUGAGAGAUUGGGGGCCGUUUUUUCUUUUGUGUGUGUGGGAGAUGGGUUGUUUUCCUUGUUUCGAUUCGAGGGAGGAGGAGAAGCUGAAUCCGGACAAGGGUAGGGAUGAUCGGAGGGAAUCUCCGCAGAUGGUGGCAUCCAACAUCUCCAGAUUGUCCUCCGGUGCAGACAGGCUCAAAGCAAGGAACAGCACCGGGUUGAAAAAGGAGUCAUCUGGUCCUAAGGAUGUGCCGGAUGGCCAUAUCGCUGCUCAAACAUUCACUUUCCGUGAGCUAGCGGUGGCAACAAAGAAUUUCCAGCCAGAGUCCUUUAUAGGGGAAGGGGGAUUUGGACGUGUGUACAAAGGGCGACUUGAGAGUACGGGGCAGGUUGUUGCUGUUAAACAAUUGGAUAGAGAGGGUCUCCAGGGUAACAGGGAAUUCCUGGUGGAGGUUCUCAUGCUCAGCCUUCUGCAUCACCCUAACCUAGUGAAUCUGAUAGGCUACUGUGCUGAUGGAGAACAGCGACUUCUUGUCUAUGAAUUUAUGCCCCUGGGAUCACUGGAGGAUCACCUUCUUGAUCUUCCACCUGAUAAGGAACCGCUGGAUUGGAACACAAGAAUGAAGAUAGCAGCUGGUGCAGCCAAGGGUUUGGAAUACUUGCAUGACAAAGCAAGCCCUCCAGUUAUUUAUAGAGACUUCAAGUCAUCCAAUAUUUUACUAGAAGAAGGAUUUCACCCCAAGCUUUCUGAUUUUGGGCUUGCAAAGCUUGGUCCUGUUGGGGACAAGUCACAUGUUUCAACUAGGGUUAUGGGCACUUAUGGUUAUUGUGCUCCCGAGUAUGCCAUGACUGGACAAUUGACAGUGAAGUCUGAUGUCUACAGCUUCGGGGUGGUCUUCUUGGAGCUGAUUACUGGACGUAAAGCCAUUGACAGCACCCUACCCCAUGGAGAACAGAAUCUUGUCACAUGGGCCCGCCCUUUGUUCAAUGAUCGUCGAAAAUUUGCAAAGUUGGCGGACCCACGAUUGCAUGGUCGGUAUCCAAUGCGGGGUCUCUAUCAGGCUCUAGCUGUGGCAUCCAUGUGCAUCCAAGAACAAGCUGCCACCCGUCCUCUCAUUGGUGAUGUGGUGACUGCCCUCUCUUAUUUGGCAAACCAGUCAUAUGACCCUAAUGCAGCUCAUGGGCACAUCUACAGAGGUUCUGGGGAUAGAGAUGAGAGGAGAAACAGAGAGGAGAGAAGUGCAAGGGUUACAAGGAACGAGGAUGGGGGAGGAUCUGGACGAAGAUGGGACUUGGAAGGGUCUGAGAGGGAAGACUCUCCUAGGGAAACUGCAAGGAUGCUAAACAGGGAUUUGGAUAGAGAACGAGCUGUUGCUGAAGCCAAAAUGUGGGGAGAGAAUUGGCGAGAAAAGAGACGACAAAGUGCUCAAGGCAGUUUUGAUGGCACUAACGGGUAAUCUCCCUGUGUACAAUCCAAGGCUCCACCCUCUACCCCCUCGGAGCUUUCCUGGUUUUGUACCAGAUGGACUGAAGAAAUUCCUGAAGCUGAUCUUCCCUUAAGCAGGUCCAUCCAAACAGCUCUGAAUGCCAACAUGUUUCUUCCUUUUUUUUUUUUUAACUUUUUCCUUUUUCCCUUUCCCCCUUUUCCUUGAAACAUAGAAGAACAAGAAGAUGAAAAGCACAACAGAUGAUAGUGUAUAUUUUCUGUUUAGAGGAAAUCGUAUUAAAAAAUUUUGAGAGUAAACUGUCGAGUAAUGUUAUAAACCUUUCAGGCUCUUUUAGGGUUUCUUCUAUGCAAAAAGAUUUCUGUUGUC